AAAGUCAAAACCAAAAUGAGUUACGCGGCCACUGAAAACGUCGUACCCAGCAGUACGUGGGCUGCCACUAAUCUCUUUUACGUGCUGUUGGUACCUGCAGUACUCCUGUGGUAUGCGUAUUGGCGCAUGUCCAGACGACAUCUGUAUGAACUCGCAGAUAAAAUAGCGGGACCCAAGGGUUAUCCUCUAAUUGGAAACGCUCUUGAAUUCACUGGAGGCUCAGCCGAUAUUUUCAAAAGAGUCGUGGAAAGGGGAAAGGAAUUCGAAUCUGAAAAUGCUGUCAAGAUCUGGAUUGGACCUAGGCUUUUAGUAUUCUUGUUCGAUCCUCGCGAUGUUGAAGUCAUCCUCAGUAGUCACGUCCACAUCGACAAAGCCGAAGACUACAGAUUCUUCAAGCCUUGGCUAGGAAACGGUCUUCUCAUCAGUACUGGUCAGAAAUGGCGUUCCCACCGAAAAUUGAUUGCUCCUACUUUCCACUUGAACGUUCUCAAGAGCUUCAUCGAUUUAUUCAACGCUAACUCCAGAGCCGUGGUUGACAAGCUAAAGAAAGAAGCCGGAACAUUCGAUUGUCAUGACUACAUGAGCGAAUGUACCGUUGAAAUCCUUCUAGAAACUGCUAUGGGUGUAAACAAGAGUACUCAGGACCAAAGUGGAUUUGAAUAUGCUAUGGCUGUUAUGAAAAUGUGCGACAUCCUCCACUUAAGACAUACUAAAAUUUGGCUGAGACCCGACCUUUUAUUUAACUUCACCCAGUAUGCUAAAUUGCAAAAUAACCUUCUUGACGUUAUCCACGGAUUGACAAAGAAGGUAAUCAAGAAGAAGAAGGAAGAAUUCAAAUCUGGCAAAAAACCCGCCGUCGUAGAAACUGCCGAGGUAUCAGACAGCAAAGAGGCUUUGUCUUCAAAAGUGACAUCAGUCGAGGGACUAUCUUUCGGCCAGUCUGCUGGACUUAAAGACGAUUUGGACGUAGACGAUGAUGUUGGCCAAAAAAAACGUCUUGCUUUUCUCGACCUUCUUCUUGAGAGUGCUCAAGGUGGAGUAGUUAUUUCCGAUGAAGAGAUCAAAGAACAAGUAGACACUAUUAUGUUCGAGGGUCACGACACAACAGCUGCUGGUAGCAGUUUCUUCUUAUCCUUAAUGGGAAUUCAUCAAGAUAUACAAGACAAGGUUGUCGAAGAAUUAGAUCAAAUAUUUGGGGACUCAGACCGACCAGCCACCUUCCAAGAUACUUUAGAGAUGAAGUAUUUGGAGAGAUGUCUUAUGGAAACUCUUCGACUUUUCCCUCCAGUACCAAUUAUUGCUCGUCACUUGAAACAAGAUGUUACUAUGCCAUCCAAUGGCAAGAAAAUACCAGCCGGUACUACAGUUGUUAUUGCCACCUAUAAACUACAUCGCCGCGCUGAUGUUUAUCCCAAUCCUGACACGUUCGACCCUGACAAUUUUCUCCCAGAACGCUCGGCUAAUCGUCACUACUAUGCUUUCGUACCUUUCUCAGCUGGGCCUCGAAGCUGUGUCGGUCGUAAAUACGCCAUGUUGAAGUUGAAGAUCAUCCUCUCUACUAUUCUGAGAAACUUCCGAGUUUACUCCGACCUUAAAGAAUCUGACUUCAAACUGCAGGCAGAUAUUAUUUUGAAACGUGCCGAAGGAUUCAAAGUACGCUUGGAGCCCCGCAAAAGGACGGCUAAAGCUUAAGAGAAAUAUACCAAUAUAGAACAAGCCCAAAUACUUAAUAUUACUGUGUGCACAUUUUACAGUAUCUAGAGUUAAUAUCAUGUGAUACCAGUACUGACUAAAUUAUUGUUAAUUUAAUUUCUAAGAUCGAUAAUUUAUCAACGGUGGAAGAACUUAAUACUUGGGAUCGAAGGAAUUACUAUUGUUUUGCUUUAGUAAAAGUUGUGUUUUGUAAAUAGUCAAUGUAAAUUAUGAGGAUAAUGUUGGAGCAAUAAACAAUAAAUAAAAAUGUUA